GAUUUUAUCAUUAUUCAUUAUGUUUAUACAAAAAUGUGUUGAUCUUUCUCCCUAAUAUGUAAUCCUUUAUUUGGUUUUGCAGAUUCUCCCAAUUUCGUAUUUGAAAUCCGAAUAUCUGGAGAACAAAUGCAUGAGGAAAUGCCAUUGAAAAAAGCCGUUGACUGAGCGUUUGCUGGACUAAAACUAUGUGCUAGAAAUCGCGAAUCAUUCCCUCUAUACCAAAUAAAUUAUCAACGGGAGGAGCCUAAUUUGCAAUAUUUCCCCUAUUCACUGUGUCAUCAGAACAAACGCUGCAUUUGAUUCGAAGUGAUGUAUGAAUAUUGUAAGCCACUGAUGAAUAAGUAGAACCUUAUUGACAGUACGGUCAGGUGAACAUACAAUUAUGCAGAACAAAUGUAUAGGAAAAUGAGCAUUAGGGUGCCAAUGAAUGUAUGGGAAAAAACGACCCUAAAAUUUCAAAAAGUAACCCUAUACAAAAUGUUCACCACCUCGAAAAAACACCCUAUGCCAAAUUUCAGCUCAAUCGGACCUAAGAGAAGGUGGCGCAAAGCGGUCAAAGUUUGAGUUUUUUGAAAAUCAAAAAAUCACCCAAGGGGUUUUCGAAUUUUUUUUUUAUGCCAAAUGUCAUAAAAUGACAUGAAACGUCGAGAUCUAGUGUCAUUCCGAACUUUUUUUUUGUCAAAAAUCGGCACUCUGGCACUUUGUUUUUCGGUAUACGAAACGAAAAGUGUGGGUUUUAGUGCCAAUAAAAAUACAGGCGAACCUUUUUUUGUGCGGGGGAUAGGGACCGCACAAAAAAGUCGCAUAAAAAAAUCGUGCAAAACUUCACCAGCAGCUUUUAAAAAUCGUGUUCGGUACACAUUUUGAAAAAAACUUUUUUUGUGCGGUAGAUAGGGACCGCAUAAAAAAAGUUUCCCCCAAGGACAUAAAUCAAAUCCACGCCAUUCACCGUUCAAUUUCCUUUUGUUUCCCUGCUUUGCGAUGGGACAUUCUGCCUCUUCGGUUGCGCGUGGCUGUUUUGUGCUUUUAGUUGCAUGUCAAUCAUGUCAAGCAAAAACUUAGAGCAUUUGAUGAGAGGAGGGGAAUGAUUUCAGAAGUGGAUAAUUGAGACGCGAAUAUUCUUUUUUCGCCCUGAAAUGCAUGAAAUGCAAAUGCAAUACAUGUCGAAAAAAAACUAAACGGACGAUAACUUCAUCAAAUAUGCUUCUUUUCAUACACCGCACAAAAAAAAUUCGCACAUAAAAAACCACACAAAAACAGGUUUUACUGUAGUUAUCUCGAUUUUAUAUUCGGAACUUGCUACGAAAUGUUGAUUUGCACGAUAAUAUACUCCAUGCAAAAUAUUAGCUCAUUCGGACUUCAUUUACUGGUGACAAAAACGUUAAAAUUUGAGAUUUUUGAAUACCGAAAAAUCACCGGAAAUCGGGGUUCAUAAAAAAAAUUAUGAUGCCAAAUGUCAUAAAAGUGCAUGACACGUCAAGAUUUACAGUUAUCUCAAAAAAAUAAAAAUUGUUGACAAAAAUUUAAUUUUCAGGCGGAAAAACGACCAAGAACCAAAAAAACUUUUUUUUUGACAAAAAAAAAUCUCGACCAGUAAUGCAAUUUUAAGACAUUUGGCAACAAUUUUUUUUUCUUGAAUACCUCGGUUCCAUUUGCAUAUUCAUUUUCGCCAUGAUAUUCGUAACAUGGACUUCGGCAAUGGAAUGUAUGGUAUAACUCUAGCUAUAUUUUAUGAAUCUAAUCCCGAUUGGCCAGAAAUGGCAUACACCCCAAUUAUAUGGGCAAUGGGUGAAAAUAACAGACGAGCGAAAAACGAACAUAAUCUUGUUUUGAUUUCCGGUUUAAUGAUACUGGCUAUAAAUGACCAGCAAUCAUAUAAAACCCCUACGAUAUGGGUAUUGGAUGGAAGGGCUUAAACAGUAGAAGUCGAACAUCGUAUUCCAAUGCCAUUUUGGAAAAAGAGAUAGUGGCUUCCGAUUCAUUGAAAAACGCCAUAGAAGACCGAAAAUGGAGUUAGUGAAGUGGAGUUAAAUAAAGAAAGUGUUAGAAACUAAGAUCGUGUUAGAGCGAGAUGGCGAUAGUAAAAGAUCAUAGAAAGCGGAAACGGAAACGGGAACGGACCGUACCCUUCACGCUAAAGAUCGCGAGUUCAAUUCUCACUCUCGACAUUUUUCCAAAAAUGAAAGUGACAAACCAGCCAAAAAGUGUUGAAAGUCAUUAAAAUACAGUAUAAAAAAGAAAAAGAAACGGAAACGGAAACGGAACGCUCAACGCCGUUCAACGCUUAACUUCGCUCAACCGCUCAACACCGCACAACGGUCAACGCUCAACGAAAGCUAUUUUGAAAAUGUGUGGCCCUGGUACUUCCAUGUAUCAGCUUCAGGGUUGAAUGUAAAGGCUAUUUUAUAAUACUCAUGCGAAUUUGGCUAGGUAAUUAUUUUCUUAAAAUUUCAUCAUUAUACAAAAAAUAUACAAACGAGCCCAUCUGUCCCUUGAUCAUUCAUGGUUAUAUAAUUUUUAUUGAAUGUCUACAGAAUUUUGCGAAAUUAUCCAUCGUAACAAUAAUAAACUACGUUUGAAAAACUAUUCCCAAUAUUGAACCAUCUCCGAGAAAUGCUAUAAAAAAUAAACCUUGACAGGUAAAUUGGCGGGUGCAAACUUUUAUUGCAUCAAUCUUACCGCAGCAAUGAUCUUCUGACAUCAAACUGAAGUAGAAUCGAGUUUUGAGGUUGAGUUGAGCAAAUUGUUUUCGUAUGGCCAGCGGCGAGGGUUCGAGAGAUCAUAUCUUAUUUCGAAGAAGACGCACCACACCGAAUGAUGUGUUUGCCAAGCGCUUAUCCACGUUCAACCGAGACAUUGGCAACAAACUGGACAUUGUCUUGAGCGGCAAAGAAAGGUUUGGAGAACCGCAAGAAAGUGGUUGCCCACUGCCUAGGUGUAAUGAUCAUGGAAGCGGUGUUCUCCUACAUUUUCCCAUGAUUCUGAAUCAUGACUCAUACGGGAUUACAUUUCCAAGAACCACCCCCUUCUCUAGUGACGCUAGUGAAACAUUUUUUUGAAAUUUGCUGCUAGUGAUUCCUCUCAUGGGAAUGUCCAUAUUUGAACAAGAUAGCGCCCAUUGAUAAUUCCUACGGUCCCAAUGACGAAGGCGCUAUCUAUUUAUUCACUGCAGCACAUGACUUCAAACAAAACCUUCGCCAGCUGCAUUCGCGCCACUCAGUAUAAAUCGAUCGCCCAUCGCGACUGGAAUUAAACGACAGUAAUUAUCGCCCCAACACGACCUGUUGAACAGUCCGUAAAUCUAUGAAACGAUUAGUAGAAUCAAUAAUACAAGUGAUCAUCGCGCGGAACGUGUCUCUGACAAGUUGAUAGCAUAAACUAUAUAUAAGUUCAUCGUUUGAUCAUCCGCCGGUAGUAGACUCGAAGGAACACUUGAAACGCUGCUUAGUGAAUUCACUCACGUGCUCCUCUCUCUCUUUAUUGUGUCAGUGGACUUUGAAGCCCAGAAGUGAAUUCCUUCACAUAACCAGAAAUAAGAGCGAAACCGAACGGAAGAGAAAGAGAGUUUGACGGUUUGCGAUUUACUAAGAAGAGAGAGACCAAAGUAUCCGAUAGUCAGUCGUUUUGCCACCGCGACGAAGUGACGUGUUGUGUGUGGAGUGAGUGGGUGCGCUAGUGAUGCAACGCAAAUUACCGACAAACACCGAUUUGUAGUGCCACUGUUAGUGUUUUGUUUACGUUAAUUGUCGCUCGAGACGAGUGCCGAGAGCAUAUCUGUCAGUUUCGACGGGUCGCAGAAAACGACAAAAAAAAAACAACUACAGACUUCGGGGGGACGGCGUCUACUGGAAGUCUGCUGAGGAUCAACGUCUUAGUCACUGACGCGUGGGAGAAAUUACGAACCGGUGAUGAUGGACUGUAGGUUGCGACCAUUUGGAUUGUCAUCGGCGGCAGCGGUCUGGAUAGCGGUGGUGCUCUGUGUUGCUCGCAGCUCGCUCGUACAAUCACAAUCCCAGCCAAUCGAGACAAUCCCAUCGAAGGCCUAUGUGAGGAGCCUCACGAAGAACGUCAACCUUUUAUGUCGAAGCAGUAAACCCGUCGAAGCAUGCAGCGUAAAAAUCGCCGGCUACAUGGGGACCUACGACAUUCGUGAGUUACCGGAGGGAGUAAGCUACUACGGGUCGAGUUUACCACAUGGGGAAUGUGGUAUCACGAUAGCGACCCUCAAAGCGGCCAACGAGGGCAAGUUCCAGUGUAACCUCACCAUCGGCGGAGAGGUUUUCCAGGAGAGCAUAGAGGUGGUUAUAGCGGUUACUCCGGAACCAACGGAGAUCGAGAUCGGCCGUGAAACGAUCCUCUCGCUGGGGGGUAUUGCACCGAAUCAAACCAUUUCAGCGAAAUGCAUCUCCCAGGACGCAGUGCCACAAGCGAAUUUGAGUUGGUACUUGAACGAUGAUCCUCUGGACAGUAGCUUGCUAGGUCCUAUCGAAACCAGGGUCACCGUUGACAAGAAGGGGAAGAAAUUAACAACGGUGGAACAGAAACUGAGAUAUUUCGUUACGCCUGAAGAUAAUGGAAAGAGGAUAAUCUGCCGAGCGGACCAUUUUGCGAUUAGUAGAGGAUUCUAUCGGGCCUUCCUCCCGUUGAACAUUCUGUUUCCACCUAAGCCGAUCCCUAAUAUAUACAUUGGUGAAGGUACCCAUGCGGUGAUCAACGUCACAGUGAGGGCAAACCCUCGGCCAACUACCAGCUGGAAAGUGAAUGGUAUCAGGAUCGAUGAGGGCACUUCAUCAGGACCUUAUCAGGCGUACAUUCCUAAAGAUAUGGAUAACGGCAACUAUUUGAUCCUGCUGAAAAUCAACGAGCCGACGGAGCAAACAUCGAUCAUCGAGCUGGCCGCUACCAACGAGUUGGGUACGCAAACCUACGUCAUCAAAGCGAGCAAGUACCCUGCCGAAGAGGAGACCGCUACGGCGAACGAUGAAAACGAGACGAAAUCCACCGGAAGUGGGACCGUCUUCUGGCUCAUCAGCAUAUGGACGUUCUUCUGCUCUGUGAUAGUGACAUGUCUGUUGUGAAUUCCUCAACGAAAAACAAACAAAAAAAAAAUAAGGAAUCGAGAUUCCUAAACUAAAUGAAUCCUUACUUACACUCAGAGAAUACGAACAUAGUAUUACCAUUCAGUACUAACCGCAAAGUGGCGAGCGGAAUCAGGGCGUCUCCAAGUUGUGAGGCUCCUAUGGCUAUGGCACAGCCAAUUGAGGCUCGUAAUUUGAAGAUGUUUUGGUCGCUUGUAAAUCAUCGUUCUUCAUCAUUGUACUUUUACUUAUUUUUUUUUAUUUUUUUCAUUUUUUUAUAGAAUUCUAGCUACGCGUCGAAACAUUAGGUUUAGUUGAUUAUUUAUUGAAACCGCAUUUAUUAAGUAAAACUAGUGUGAAGCGAGCAGGACUUCAGUGUACUUUUUGUCGCUGGAAAAAGUGAAAGUAAAUUUCAUAAGCUGACCAAAGGAGAA